AUGAACUUAACCCUCAACUCGACUAAAUGUGAAUACAACAAGCCAUCCAUAGAAUUUUAUGGUUAUAUCUUUUCUAAUGACGGCGUGUCUCUAGAUCCAAAGAAAGUCGAAGCCUUCCAACAAAUCAGUGCUCCACAGAAUCCAACGGAAGUGAGAAGUCUACUCGGGAUGGCUAAUUAUUGUUCACGUUUCAUCCCCAACUAUUCAACCAUAACUAAACCUCUACGCCAACUCACCGAAUCAAACGCCACCUGGCUAUGGACAUCAGCACACCAAACGCCUCUGGACACAUUAAAGAAACACCUUACCGAUGACAAAACCAUAUCAUAUUUUAACCCGAAAAGCGUCUCCACCUUGAUGUCGAUGCCAGCCCUAUAGGUCUUGGCGCAAUUUUCAUGCAAAAAAAUUCCAAAACGAAAGAAGAAAAAGUUAUCGCCUUUGCUAGUCGUGCGUUAAACCCUGUUGAAGAACAAUAUUCGUAGACCGAAAGGGAAUCUCUCGCUAUUCUCUAGGCAUGUGAACAUUUCCAUUUAUAUGUCGACGGUUCUCAUUUUACAGUGAUUACGGAUCAUAAACCUCUUUAGCAAAUCCAUGCAAAUCCUCGAUCUCGAUGUUCAGCACGUCUUGAACGAUAGUCACUGAAACUUCAGCGAUAUGACUUCACUGUUAAAUAUCAGCCGGCGAAAUCAAACCCAGGUGAUUACAUGUCCCGCCACCCACAGCCAUCUUCACCAUCAAACCAGUAGUCCAAGAUAGCAGACGAAUCUAUAUGCUUUGUCGCACAGCAUGCCACUCCCAAGGCAAUAUCCCUCGAUGAUAUCAAAACAGCGACAGUCAACGACCCAACAUUACAACACCUUACCAAAGCAAUCCGAACAGGGAACUGGACUGUUACUCCAAUCCAAGGGAACAUUGGCGUCGACCCACAGGAAAUGAAUGCAUACUUCAAGCUUCGUAAUGAAAUAACAGUAUCCAUUGAAAAUGAUUUGCUUCUGAAGGGAACCCGAAUCAUUCUACCAGCACCCCUUCGUUCACAUGCGUUAUCACUUGCCCAUGAAGGACAUCAGGGUUUGGUAAAAACUAAACGUCUGUUAAGAGAGAAAGUUUGGUUCCCUGGAAUAGACGCUCAAGCAAAAUCAAUGAUUAAAAAGUGCGUACCAUGUCAAGCAGCGACACCCACAAAACAUCACGAACCUCUACAAAUGACGAAACUACCAGAUUUUUGUGAACCCCUACCAAUCGGUGACUAUCUACUCGUAGUUAUUAAUGAAGAUUCUCGGUAUACGGAAGUAGAAAUUCUGAACUCCACCUCAACAAAGGCAACAAUGCCAAAGUUUCACAAGAUUCUUUCUACCCAUGGCAUUCCGAUAGAAAUUAAAAACUGA